AUGUCUUCCGCUUCAUCUUAUGCAUCAUCCACUGGUGCUAUGGCUUCCAGAUUGCGCACGCUAGCAUUGGGAUCGAAGCCUCACAUCAACAUCGUCCUGAACGAUGAACGCUCAUCAUACUCGACCCUGGAUAAGCUUUCUGGCAAGGUCGAGAUCGUUGUUUCUCACAGCACGAGGUUCGAUGAAAUUGACAUUCAAUUUAUCGGUAUGCUUUGCGACAUUGCUCCACUUCCACAUGGCGACUAA